GUAGGAGGUUUGGACGGGGGAGAGGGGGGGAGGGGGGAACAUUCUGAAUUAACCAGCCUCGAUUUAAGUCACAAUAAUUUUGGUGAAAUUUCAGCCGCGUCUAUAAAAUCAAUGUUAGCGGAGAACAGCUGUCUGCAACAAUUAGAUCUAAGUUGGAAUCAUUUUGUACGAGGAGCUGGAGUAUGUAUAGCUGAAGGUCUAGCGGAAAAUGUGUGUAUUAAAGAAUUGAAUCUGUCGUGGAAUGGAUUUGAAGAUGACGGAGCAGCAGCAGUUGGUAAAAGUUUGGAGACUAAUACUGUCCUGAGUUCUCUAGAUUUAUCUUGUAAUAGAAUUGGUCCUGAAGGAUUCCUUGCUCUGGUUCGGUCCUUCAAACAUAACGACACUCUGGAUAUAUUGAGGGUAGGUAUGGGACCAUGA